UCACAUAAAUUCCCUUCUCCAAAAAUCCAACUUUAUUUAUUCAAUUACCCCCAAAAUAAAACUCUCAAAAACUCAAUUUAUUUCUCAAUCUCUUCUAUGGAGAAAACACCAUUUCUCCUCCUCUUCUUCACCCUUCUCCUCCUUAACUCCCACCCAAUACACACCCUAUCUCCACCCAUUUCCCCCACUCAACCACCCUCUUCCGCCCCUUCAACCACCAUAUCCUCAACUCUUGACCCAAAACAACUAAGAGCUCUCCAAUCUCUCAACCUCCCCACCACCAAAGACCCAUGCUCAAACCACAAUGCCAUCCACUGCGACACCUCCAAACCCUUCCGCCACCUCCUCUCGCUCCGCCUCAUUAACUGCUCCGAUGACGUCUCCCUCUCCAUCACCGCCCUCAAAUCACUCUCCACACUCCAAGAUCUCCAGUUCAUCGACUGUCCGGCCGCCCCAGUCACAUUCCCUUCGGAACUCGCCUUGAAUAUAAAAACAUUCACUUGCAUUAACAGUCUGAGAAAACUCACCGGAGUUUGGCUGAGUAGAUUGGUGAAUGUCACAGAUCUUACUGUUAGUGAUGUCCCAAUAAAAGCCAGUGGCCCUGUCAUUAUACUAGCUCACCUCAAAAAGGUGAACAAAGUCGUCCUUUCUCGCAGCAAUCUCACCGGGAAUUUGCCUGGAAAAUCAUGGAAUUCAAACGUUUCGCAUAUUGAUUUAUCCGGAAACCAUCUUAAAGGAAAGAUACACAGCUCAAUGACUGAGCUAGAGAACUUGGUUUACCUCAAUUUAUCCUCAAAUCAGCUAACUGGUGAGUUGCCCACCUCCAUUGGUGACCUCAUUGAGCUUAGAAACCUCUCUGUUUCGUCGAAUUCGCUUUCUGGUCCGAUCCCGGAAUCUCUUGUAUCAAUACCCUCUUUGGUUUCACUUGAUCUGAGCUCAAAUCAAUUCAAUGGGAGUAUCCCCAAAUUCCUAGGUGAUAUGAAAGGUUUGAAAUAUUUGAAUCUCGAGAAGAAUAAUUUUCAAGGGAUAAUGCCCUUCAAUGCGUCAUUUAUUAAGAGAUUAGUGGUUUUUAGGAUUGGGGAUAAUGCCAAUUUGUGUUACAAUCGUACCACACUCUCUUCCAAGGUGAAGCUUGGUAUUUCUCCCUGUGAUAAGAAUGGUUUGCCAAUGUCGCCUCCAGCGAAGUCGAGUUCUGGCGAUGAUAGUGGUGGCGGCGACGACGAUGACGGUGACGAAGAUAGCACUUCUGAAGAUGCCACUAGCCAGAAGGGUGGUGGACACCACGGUCCUAAUAAGGUUGUUCUUGGUGUUGCUAUUGCUCUUUCUUCUAUUGUUUUCUUAAUUAUUUUCCUAAUCCUAUUAUCAAGGAAGUGUGCAUGAUAAUUUUAGAGAUUAAUUAGGUUUGUUAUUAUUAUUAUUUUAUUAUCAUUAUUAUUAGGUUAGAUUAAGUUAUUGAAAAAUUGUUAAUUUGAACAAAGAGAAAAAAGGGGUCUUUUUUUUUUGUUAUGUAGCAUUAUACAUUGCCAAUUUGCAAAGAGAAGAUUGGCAAAUUGUUGCAGGGGAGGUAGUUUUUUUAUUUUUCCUUUUCUUUUUUUUCCACAUUGGUGUGAUUAUUUUUAUUUUAUUUUUGUAUUAUUUUAUAUUAUUAUUAUUAUGAAAUUGCCAGCACAGAAUUGGUAGUAAA